UACAGCAUUACCGUCAAGAACCAGUCUGGUAGCCUCCAGCAGUAUGCUCUCUUCAAUAAAGUCCCCGAUGUGAUAGGUAGCGUCCAGGAGAAGAUCUGGUCCAACGUCUUCGCCCUCGAAAAGGCCGCCAACAAACAGGAGAUCCUCUUCGAACUGGUCAACGAGUACAAUGCCAUUGUCGGCAAGAAGAAGGCCAACGCUAGCGGCAGCGUCACCAUUACCGUCACCGGCACUGAGCCCGUUACCCUCGGUCACACCGAGUCCGACGGUCAGCCAGUCCCGGGAACUAGCUUGAGCAUGCUUGUCGCCGACGACACUCCUCAGUUUUCCACCAAAGCUCUCCCCAACGGAAGCUUUCCCGGUGCCUUUGAGAUCCGCACCGGCAACUUCAGCAACGAGGAUGCCAAGAAUGCCGGAUACAUGAUUGGUUUGGGUGCCAAGGGUGGCUCCGACGGACCCGCUGCUACCUUCAUUCCCGAGGCCAGGACGAACUACCAGAUCCAGCCGGUCAACACUUACUAUGUUACCAUCGGCGACUUCAAGAAGGGACAGCUCAUUGACGUCACCAAGAUCGGAGUAGUCUGCCCCAUUGACUUCACCAAGCUCCGCAGAGAUGUUGUCAUUAUCCACAACGACCACGGUGAGCUCACCGUCCAG